AUGAUGUUUGGGGGUGUUGUACCCUUUAUCCCACAGUAUGCUGAUAUCAAACGGUCAUCAAAUGUUGAGGGUUUCUCUACAUUUGUCUGCUUAACACUGCUGGUAGCCAACAUCCUACGAAUAAUGUUCUGGUUUGGCAAAUUCUAUGAAUUCCCACUGCUGUUUCAAAGUAUUAUAAUGAUAUUUACCAUGAUUGUUAUGAUGCAUUUGUGUGUGACAGUCAAAAAUAAGACUGAAAUUAUUGCUUCCAAAUCCAGAACAUUCACAGAUGGGAAAAAAUGCCUCAAAACAGAAGACUGUUACUCCUCGCAUGCAACCUCUUGUUGCCAUGCAACCACAGUGCCCGGACGAACUUUUCUUGAUUUCGACACACGUUACUUCUGGAAGUGGACGGACUUUGCCAGCUAUCUUCAAUUUUUACUUUUCUUUGUGGCCUUUCUAACCUUAAUGAACUUCAUGUUUCUUGAAAGUACGUUUUAUGUGGAGACUGUCGGUUUUUUGGCCGUCUUUGCAGAGGCUUGCUUAGGAAUUCCUCAGUUUUAUAAAAAUUUCCAAAAUAAGUCAACAAUUGGAAUGAGUAAAAAGAUGGUCGGGUUUUGGACAAUGGGUGACAUCUUCAAAACUGUCUACUUCAUCCUACGAGCAGCUCCAGCCCAAUUUUGGAUCUGUGGUGUCUUGCAAAUCUCGGUUGACUUAUCAAUAUUCGCACAGACUUAUGCAAAUGGCUUGGCCAAGAACUUUCAGAAACCCUCUUUCUUUCUUUUUUCUCUUUCUUUUUUGUUUCUUUCUUUCUUUUUUCUCUUUCUUUUUUGUUUGUUUCUUUCUUUUUUUAUUCCCUUUUUUCUUUUUUCUUUUUUCUCUCUUUCUCUUUUCUUUUCUUUCUACCCAGAACAUAAUGUUGGGGGCAAGAACUCUUUCUAG